AUGUACAGACUUUUGAUCUCCAAGGAUGAUUUGAAACGAAUUCGAAUUAUCCAAGAUGAAGUACAUUCAAUCCCGAAGCGUCGAGCCGAAUGUUUAAAAGAGAGCCAGAAACUUUUUCUUAUAGGACUGGAAAAUAAGGAUGAAAAACAAGUCACUUUUGCUUUGCAGUGCUUCCGGAACAUGAACGCGUUGAAGGAGCAAGUUCGCCUUUACAUGGACGAUAUAUCUGCAGAGUUUGAAGGCAUGUUAAACCAAAUUUUUGAAAGCACUGCACGAUCUACUUACACCUCUUCUGAAGGCAAAACAAUUCCUGGAAGUGCGUCGUUGCCUAAUAUUUCUGUUGCUUCUGCUGUUCAGUCUUCGUUAUGGCCGCACAUGAACGACCUGUUUGAGUUCGUGAAAGAUCUGUUGAAAAAGAUGAUUGUUUUGCAUGGCGUCACACAGAGGAAGCGCGAUACAGUGUCCCACAAACUCUGGUCUGACCUAAUUGGACACGACGAUGAGGAUCGGUUGUGGCGAGCGUUAGCCUACCUCCUGCAGCAGAAGUUUUCUGACCACACCGCUUUCCGUCUGACGUUCCAGUCGAACUAUCCACAGCUGCUGCGCAUGAUCAACAGUGCAUUUUUGGUGCCUAACCAGCUGGCCAUGACCACAUCUGCCAUAGGCAGCAGCGACUCUUCGGGUCUGACCAGGGACUCUUUCUAUGAACAGUACAAGUUAUUGCGAAAAUCUGCCCUUGUGCUUGAAAAUGCAUUUGUUGCGAAGUCACUGUCGCGCAUGUUUUCUUCAGUUGAAUCUGCCUUUGAAGAUUCUUCCAAGCGUAUUCCUGACGAAGCUACGACAGAAAUCGUGGUCAAGUCAUUAUCGAUUGAACUUUCCGCGGUUGAAUUCGAUGGGGAGCUGUUUUCUCAGGUUUUUAUUUUUUCAGAUAUUUUUUCAACUUUCCUUUAA